AGGGGUAGACGAAGUAGAGAGAGAGGGAGAGAGAGAAGAACCUAAUUUAAGAACGCCACCCAACCAACCACCUGUCUCCUAAGCAGCGCAGUUGAGGAAAACAGCUGAUUCUGGUGCGAUGCUUCUUACUAAGAGUGUGUGUGCAUGUGACUGCCGAAAGACCCAUCAGGCUUCUAUACAGUUCGUACACGGACAGACUUCGGACUCUUUUGAAACAGAAUGCAAUGCAUGCGUGUUAUACAGUGCAUAGUAGUAACCUUGACUACGGCCACGUGCUUCGCGGUAGUGCUGAUCUGCGCCUUCCUGGAAGAUGAGAACUCGAUGAUGCCCGCCCUCAUGCCUGCUGCCAUCCAGUACCCGAUGCGUCGACCAAUCAAAACCGACUUCUUCGAGGAUAAGCAGAGGAGCGAAACUCCACAGAUAACCACCACCACCUCGCCAGGUCAACCCGAAACCGCUUCAUCGUUCUCCACCUCCAGCAUUUCCUCGAGUGACCCCACUGCCUCUACCAGUGAGGGUCAAACGACUGCAUCUCAAGGAUCAACUGACCCAAAGAAAAGCCAUCUGAGCACCACCAGCAUCCCGUCAUCCCCGUCCCAACCCGCAUCCCCGACCACACGGACCACCAAACCGACGAAGAACGCAACAGGCUGGACCAUAGCGCAAGAAGAUGUGGUCAGGAACAGGUACGCGAUCAGGAAAAAGCUCCUGACGGAGAGCUGCCUCAAACGGCCUGGAAACUUCAGCGAGAAAGGGGAAGAGAAAGAGAGAGGGGCCGACCUUUGAUGCCGAAGCUGGCCUAUUUCGUCGGGAAAUAUAAACUCCUCGCCUGUGUCCCUGCCAAGGCCGGAGCCACCACGUGGAAGACCCACUUGCUGCGGAUGAAAGGAUACACAAAACCAAUACAAAACCCACACGUGGAAUGGGUACAUAGGCUGCUGAGAGCUAGGCAUCUCUUAAACCGACAACAAGCCGUCAAAAUCCUACGUUCCCCGUCUGUCACCCGGGUCGUAUCCGUCCGGCAUCCGGUUGCUCGCCUGAUCUCCGGUUACACUAACAAGUUCUACAACGGACGCCUCCACGUGCCGGAUAACGUCACGCACAAAUAUAUGAAAACCGCGCUGGAGGUGGAGGGCAUCAAACUGGAAAAGGGAAAGCCAAUAGCAGUCACCUUCCGCCAAUUCCUGAACUUGAUUCUUCACGAAAAGGAACGAGGCCUGGCAAACAUCAACAACCACUGGAGACCACAGUACUCCCUCUGUGACGCCUGCGCUGUGCGCUACGACUACGUAGUCAAGCAAGAGACGUUCGAGGAGGACCUCCAAUACCUGGUCAAGAAACUCGAGAUUGCCGAGGUGAACGCCGACCUCAAGACGAACGUCUCUGCCAAACCCAAGAACGCCACUUACGAGGAGUACUUCAGGGACAUUCCCAAGGAUGUUCUCAGGGAGAUCUUCCAGCUUUACGAGCCCGACUUCCGCCACUUCGGGUACGCGGUGCCACAGUACCUUUUACUGGACGGCCUCUCGCGGCCUGAGAGAUAAGUGCGUGAAUUGGGUACUCAAAGUUUGUGGUCUGGGUUAGUUUGUAGAUAUCGGUCAUGAGCAUUCAAACGCGAAGGUCGGUUGCAUCUGAAGAUUGGUCAACAUUAUUUUCAAAUAAUGCAAAAAUAUAUUUAAAAAUAGUGAUGCCGUGUUUUGAAAGUGUUAAAAGUGUUAAAUGUAUUCAAACGCAGUCACGUUUAUUUACAGACGUGAUCAAGUCUAUUUAACAACAAUGAUCAAAUGUAACUAUGAAGAAAAUAAUAGUAAAUUCUAUUCAAGGAAUUUAUCAAGUAUAUUUUUAAAACUGACACAUGCAUGUCACGAGACUCAAGUUUGUUCAAAAUUUUCUAAGUUUCUAAAAAUAAUGGUCUAGUGCAGCUAAAGACAUCAGUCAUGGGUAUGUAAAGAUUGGUUCAAAAUAUCUAAAGAGAUUGAAAUUUCAUUUAAACAUGGAAGUGAAGUAUAUUGAAAAACAGAAUAAGUGUACUUUAUGAUAAUGAAAAAAAAUACAAAAAUUGUGGUCAUGAGCAUCUAAACACAGUCAACACGCUCAUUAAAAAAUUGGUCAAAUCAAUGUGUUGACAGUUAAUUUUAUUCAAACAUAAUCGAGUAUUAACGAUAGCAACUAGGUGCAUUUAAAGAUAUUCUUAUAAAAACUAUAUUCCAAUGUAUUUAAAGAGAAGGGUCAUAUGUACUAAAAAUAUAAGACAAUAGUAUUAACAGACGUCCACUCAAUUUCAAUAUAUUCACAAAUAUUUGACGAGUAAACUAUUUUCUUAAUGAAAUACGUACUUCAAGAUAGCCGAGGUGACUGGCGUUACUAGUCGAAGAUAUUCUGUCAUGAACGUCAGAGGUAUUUACGAGAUAUUGUACCAUUGCAAUAAAAUACGUGAAUGUAAUUAAUAAGAAAAAAAAUUUAUUUAAAAACAUGUUUUAGAAAGCUAUAAAGUGUAUUAA